AUGUUUCAACCCACACCGAAGAGGUGUUUUACUAUAGAAUCAUUGGUGGCAAAGGAUAAUCCUUUGCCGUCGUCGAGAUCCGAGGAGCCCAUACGACCAGCGGCUCUCAGUUACGCAAACUCGAGUCAGAUAAACCCUUUUUUAAACGGCUUUCACUCCGGCGGCCGAGGUGUCUACUCGAAUCCGGACCUGGUAUUUACUGAAGCGGUUUCCCAUCCUCCAAACUCCGCUGUCUCAGUUCAUCCCGUUCCUCCUCCACAUGCUUUAGCAGCACAUCCGCUUUCAUCUUCGCAUGGCCCGCAUCCUCUUUUCGCCAGCCAGCAAAGGGAUCCCUCAACUUUCUAUCCGUGGUUGAUACAUAGAUACAGAUAUUUGGGUCACAGAUUCCAAGGCAAUGAAACGAGUCCGGAAAGCUUCCUCUUGCACAACGCAUUGGCCAGAAAACCCAAAAGAAUUCGCACUGCGUUCUCUCCAUCACAGCUCUUGCGACUCGAACACGCCUUUGAAAAAAACCAUUACGUGGUCGGUGCUGAACGAAAACAGCUUGCGCACAGCCUUAGCCUCACAGAAACUCAGGUGAAAGUUUGGUUCCAGAAUAGAAGAACUAAAUUCAAACGACAGAAACUGGAGGAGGAGGGUUCGGAUUCACAGCAGAAAAAGAAGGGAACGCAUCAUAUUAACCGAUGGAGACUGGCAACUAAACAAGGGAGCCCGGAGGAAAUUGAUGUCACAUCAGACGAUUGAGAGACUUUAAAUAUUUGAAUCCGGGACAGCAGCGUGGCGUAAAGGAUGACACGGAUAAGGAUUCUGUGUACAGAGAGAAAGAAACUGAAAGAGGGUAAAGGCAAUGUUCACCUUUCGCUUUUCGGAGAUUGGCAGCUUGAGUGUUUGAGAUGUAAUUGGUGACUGUCAUUGCUACGAAACUGUUAAUAGCCUAUUCUACUUUGCAAGGGCAAGGUGUUCGAGAGGUAGCCUAUCGCAUUCUCCCUCCCCAGCAUCAAUGACCACUAUUCCACACACAACAUAGCUCCAGUUGGCCGUAAACAUUUGCAAUCGGAAUGUUUAUAUGGCCUGUAUGCACACAAAGACUAAGUUCCCACACCAAAAUACCAAAAUACUUUUUUGUAAAACUUGAAUUGCAUGGUAGACGAAAGUAUUUUGGUAGAUAAUUUAACUUGACACUUUCUUUCCAUAAACAGAUCUUUGCUUUAACAAGUUUUCAUUUCAAAGAUGUUGUUUCUUCCUUAUUUUAAAUGUGGCGUCUUGAAUUUUGAUCCUCGUGUUAAAGUGAUUGUGAGACGAAGUAGCAGUGCUGCAUUAGUGUUGUCAAGAUGUAACGGAUGAACUAAAUUUAAGGUUUACUAUCUCACAGAUAAAGUUACCUAGCCUACAAUUAACCAAUCCAGGACAUUCCUUGAACCGAAAGAUCGAUUGAAUGUGUGCAGAAUCUCCGAGCGUAAUGGUAGCAAAAAUUGCCACAUAGCCUAAGAGCUGAAUUAAGAACGCCUGGGCAGCAAAACUAAAGCACUGAGCAUAAUCCGUGUAUAAAGACACUAAGAAUAAUGUUUCUGUUGAAUCUUAUUUUAGCAGAAUGUAAAUAAUUUGUGUUUGUGUUAUAUUUGCUACAAUUUUAUCAAAGACUAUACUUCCAAGAAGUAUGUAAUUGUCAAUAUUUUGUCAAUAAAGUUUUAUCAGUAUGAUUCCCAGACUAUAAGAGAAA